AUGCGCAUGUUACGCUGGUCAGCGGGAGUCACCUUACUCGACAAAAUUCGAAAUGAGUACAUCCGAGGUAGUUACAAGAUUGCCCCAAUAGUCGAUAAACUUCAAGAAAAACGAAUGCGCUGGUACGGCCACGUCAUGAGACGCCCAGAAGACCAUAUAGUCAGAACAGCCCUAAAUAUCCCGACGUCAAAAAGAGGGCGUGGAAGACCCCCCGCCACAUGGUUAACGACGGUCCAAAAGGACCUGAAACAAUACCUGGACGCCAAACUGGCCCAAAACCGACCAACCUAUAGAAAUAGGAUAAGGAGAGCCGACCCUGUAUAA